AUGUCCUUUCUUUCUUUCUUUCUUUCUAUUAAUACCUGUCUAUCUAUAUAUCUCUGUUCAAUAUCUUUCUUCUUUAUCUAUCUAUCUAUCUAUCUAUCUAUCUAUCUCUUUCUGUUCAAACUUGCUCGUAAUACCACUUGGUUUACUUUGAACACAAUGCCGCCCCUUGGGGAGUCCAGCUCCCUUCAGGCAGUUGUUAUGGGCUACAUUCAAGCCAACAACGUCAUGGUAUUCAGCAAAUCAACAUGUCCAUUUUGUAAAAAGGUGAAGACCUUGUUUGAUUCCCUACAGAUUAAGUACCAUGCGAUAGAACUUGAUCAAAUGGAUAAUGGUGCUGAGAUUCAGUCCAAAUUAAAAGAUAUAACUGGUCAAAAAACAGUUCCAAAUGUAUUUAUAAAGCAGAAGCACAUAGGUGGCUGUGAUGACACUCUUAAACUACAUCAAGAUGGUAAAUUAAAGACAACAGUUGAUCCCAAUGUAGAACCAGAAGAGUCUUAUGAUUAUGACUUGAUUGUAAUUGGAGGUGGUUCAGGAGGUUUGGCUGCUUCAAAGGUUUGUAAUGUUCUUGUUAUUAUUGCAUGUUUAUGUGUGUUUUUUUUCUCUUCUCUUUUCCUUUUCUCUCUUUUUUCCUUCUCUUUUCUCUCUUUUUUUCCUUCUCUUUUCUCUCUUUUUUCCUUCUCUUUUCUCUCUUUUUUUCCUUCUCUUUUCUCUCUUUUUUUCCUUCUCUUUUCUCUCUUUUUUUCCUUCUCUUUUCUCUUUUUUUCCUUCUCUUUUCUCUCUUUUUUCCUUCUCUUUUCUCUCUUUUUCCUUCUCUUUUCUCUCUUUUUUUCCUUCUCUUUUCUCUCUUUUUUUCCUUCUCUUUUCUCUCUUUUUUUCCUUCUCUUUUCUCUCUUUUUUUCCUUCUCUUUUCUCUCUUUUUUCCUUCUCUUUUCUCUCUUUUUUCCUUCUCUUUUCUCUUUUUUUCCUUCUCUUUUCUCUUUUUUUCCUUCUCUUUUCUCUUUUUUUCCUUCUCUUUUCUCUUUUUUCCUUCUCUUUUCUCUUUUUUUCCUUCUCUCUUUUUUCCUUCUCUCUUUUUCUCUCUUUUUCCUUCUCUCUUUUUCCUUCUCUCUUUUUUCCUUCUCUCUUUUUUUCCUUCUCUCUUUUUUUCCUUCUCUCUUUUUCCUUCUCUCUUUUUUUCCUUCUCUCUUUUUCCUUCUCUCUCUUUUUUUUCCUUCUCUUUUUUUCCUUCUCUCUUUUUUCCUUCUCUCUUUUUCCUUCUCUCUUUUUUCCUUCUCUCUUUUUUCCCUCUCUCUUUUUCCUUCUCUCUUUUUCCUUCUCUCUUUUUUCCUUCUCUCUUUUUUUCCUUCUCUCUUUUUUCCUUCUCUCUUUUUUUUUCUUUUUCUCUCUUUUUCCUUCUCUCUUUUUCCUUCUCUCUUUUUUCCUUCUCUCUUUUUUCCUUCUCUCUUUUUUCCUUCUCUCUUUUUUCCUUCUCUCUUUUUUCCUUCUCUCUUUUUUCCUCCUCUCUUUUUUCCUUCUCUUUUUUCUUCUCUUUUUUCUUCUCUCUUUUUUCCUUCUCUCUUUUUUCCUUCUCUCUUUUUUCUUCUCUCUUUUUUCCUUCUCUCUUUUUUUCCUUCUCUCUUUUUUUCCUUCUCUCUUUUUUCUCUCUUUUUUUCCUUCUCUCUUUUUCCUUCUCUUUUUUCCUUCUCUUUUUCCUUUUUCUUUUCUCUUUUUUCCUUCUCUCUUUUUUCCUUCUCUUUUUUCCUUCUCUCUUUUUCCUUCUCUCUUUUUUCCUUCUCUCUUUUUUUCUCUUUUUUUUUCCUUCUCUCUUUUUUCCUUCUCUCUUUUUUCCUUCUCUCUUUUUCCUUCUCUCUUUUUUCCUUCUCUCUUUUUCCUUCUCUCUUUUUCCUUCUCUCUUUUUCCUUUCUCUUUUUCCUUCUCUUUUUUUCCUUUCUCUUUUUUCCUUUCUCUUUUUUCCUUUUCUCUCUUUUUCUUUUCUCUCCUCUCUUUCUUUUUUUUUUUUUUCUUAACAGAAAAAAAAGAGCAUGA